CCCAGGCCCAGAUCCUGGGUCUCAGAGGAGGUGAGAGCUGGGAAGUGGACACCUGGGGCUAGAAAGGAAUGCAUUUGUUCCAGAAGGGACCAGGGGUGUGUGUGGGGGGGUGGAUUUCUGGGUGCCCUGGGGAGGAAGGCUAGAGAGUCAUAGACUCUGACUUGUGAGUCCUGGGGAGGAUAAGGGCUGGGGGUUGGCAGGUUGAACCUAUAAAGUGAGAGGAAGGAAGUUGGGGGCCCCCUGAUGUUAAGGAGCUGCCCGGUUCUGAGCAGACUGGAAGUGGCACUUUGGGGGUGAGGUCCCUACAAAGUAGCAGCCAGACUCUUGUCCUGACAUUCAAGGUCCUGCUGGAGUUUCCAGCUGGACUUUGCACUACUGAAAGCCGCUGCCCCGCCGAGCCCCACCCCACACCCCAGCCCUUCUUCCUGGGAGCCAUUCACCAGCCCCAGUCGCCCCAGGUCCUGAAGAAGAGCCCGAGACCAGCGGGGCCGGGCAUGCGGGGCUUCCUGUGCCUGCUGCCUGCCUUCUUGGCCCUGUGGGCCACCUCGAGCAUCUGGACCGUUUUCGCGAUUGCGGUGGCCAACCAGACUGUGAACCUCACGGAAGGCAUCCCCUACAUCAGUCUCUGCGGGUCGUACCCUCCUCAGAGCUGCAUCUUCAGCCAGCUGCUGAACAUGGGAGCUGCGAUGGGUAACUGCCCCAGGCCCCCCUCCAGGGCGGGCCCCCCCUCGGACCAGGAGCCCGGCCACACUGGCCUGGCAGGGACAAGAGAUUUCCAUGCCCACUCUCACAGAGCUGACAAUAGCCAAUGCACGGUAAUCAACGUAAUCAACAAACCGGUCACUGGGCAUGGCAGUUGUCAGUCUCUGUCCAUGGGGUUGGUCAGGGCCCUGUCCCCGCCUGGUGGCCCUGGCCUCUCCACAGGUCUUCCCCUCAACUCUCCCUGCUCCUCCUUGCAGCAGAAGAACCAGCAGGCCACGCACCUGACCGGGGCUUUCUUCGCCCUCUUCGUGGGCCACAUCUACUUCUGGCUGCAGCUCCUUCUCUCCUGGAGAAUGAAGAGCCUGCCUCAGCCGGGGGCCCCUUGGAUCGGGCCACUGCGCCUGGCCCUCUGCAGCAUCUGCUCCGUCCUCAUGGUGGCCAUGGUCGUCCUCCACACCAGCCUGCUGCGCUCCCACUCUGCUGUCUGCGAGUGGGCAGUGGCCAUGCUGCUCUUCAUGCUCUUUGGCCUCUUGACCGUGGACUUCUCCAGCCUGGAGGGCUGCACCCUGUGUCUCCGGCCUGGCCCCAGCCUCAACCUGCAGCCUGCCUCCCCCAUCUCCCUGCAGGUCCCGCCGUCCCAGGCGCUCUGACCCAGGCCUUGCCCUCGCUGGCAGAGGAAAGAGAGGCCGAUCCCGGACACCACUGUGCCCCCACUGGGGAUGAACCUUCAGGGAUGAACCAUUGGGGAUGAACUUUAAGGGAUGUGCCAUCGCUGCCUCGCCCGGAACCUCGUGGUGCACAUGUAUGGCGGGGCGUAGGUCGGCUGGCAUCUUUGUACCCUUCUGUCCCUGACAUCUGGCCCCACCUCUGCAGUCGGGGCCACCCAGGAAGCGAGAGGCCAAGGCCAACGAGCUGUCCCUGAUCAAGGCUAUUUAUUGUUAUUAAUUUUUUUUUUUUUGUCACCGGCGGAAUCAGAGACACGGACGCAGGCAGGAUCACGCGAAACCAGAAUUCCUUCCGGAGAGCAAAUCCGUACAGAAGGUCAUG